UAUCUUUUAUAAUGUUAUAAUUCACAUAAUGUUUUUUUUUUUUAAAUAGCUUCUUUUAUAGUAAGACUAGCUGGUGUAUACUGGCAAAUCUUAUCUCCUCUUCCAAUUAAAAACAGGAGGAAUGUUAGCAACUCUUGAAACUUCAGGCACCUAACCAUAAAACAAAAAUGUAUUCUUCGUGCGCUAAGCCUAUCCGAUAAUCUCAUUAUUCUCAUCGCUUUGUAAUUUUUAGGGUAGAUCAAUUUGCCACAACGUAAGAGAAUAUCUCGAAAGUAUUGGAGAAGUAGGGUAAAAUGUUUUACAUUUUAAAAUGCUAACAUACACCUCAGAUUACCUUUUGGAAAAAAAUAAAGCAUAUAUAAGUUGAGCCCUACAUUUCCAAAAGUAAAUAAAAUACUAAUAGUAAUAACUUCAUUCAUUUGCGGAUAUUUUAAGAAUUAAGAUGGACACAAAAUCAGAAGGUGAUGGUCAAUAUUUAAAAGGAAGAAUUGUUAAGCCUACAAUUACAAAUGAAAGGGGGAAUAAUAGUAAGCAUUUUCGAAAGCUUAACAAAAGUGAAGAGAAAAGUAGUAGUGAUUCAAAUGAUGAUGAUUAUGUUCCCUACAUUCCACUGAAAGAAAGAAGAAAACAGCAGCUACUGAAAACAGGCCGUCUGGGAGCACUUCUGUUAGAAGAAGAUAGGGCACGAUCAACUACUGACCCUGAUGAUGAAGAAGAUGAAGAUCAGUAUGGUAGAAAGUCUAAUGUGAGUCUUCUUGAUCAACAUAAUGAAUUGAAAAAGAAAGCAGAAGCUCGUAAGGAAAGUGCUCUUGAAAAACAAUUAAAAGAGGAGGAAAAAAUUUUGGAAAGUGUUGCUGAAAAGAAAGCUCUUAUGGGAGUUGCUGAGCUUGCUAAAGGAGUACAGUAUGACGAUCCAAUUAAAACAGGUUGGAAACCUCCCCAUUACAUUUUAGCCCUGUCAGAAGAUUGUCAUGAAAGGGUACGAAGGAAAAACAGGAUUCUUGUUGAAGGAGAGAAUCCACCUCCACCAAUAAAAACAUUUAAGGAAAUGAAAUUUCCUCGACCAAUACUGAAUGGAUUGAAAAGGAAAGGGAUUAACAAGCCAACUCCUAUUCAGAUGCAGGGGUUACCAUCAGUUCUUUUAGGUCGAGACAUGAUAGGUAUUGCCUUUACUGGUUCUGGAAAGACCCUUGUGUUUGUUCUUCCUAUUAUUAUGUUUUGUUUGGAACAAGAAAAAAAAUUACCUUUCAUUCAGAAUGAAGGCCCGUAUGGACUGAUUAUCUGUCCCUCAAGAGAACUUGCUAAACAGACCUUUGAGAUUAUCAGUUACUACUGUCAGUGCUUGGAGAAUGAUGGGAUGCCUCGACUACGUAUAUGUCUUUGUAUUGGUGGAACCUCUGUUCGGGAUCAGCUAGAAGUUGUUAGAAGGGGUAUACAUAUCAUGGUUGCCACCCCAGGUCGUCUUAUGGACAUGCUGGAUAAGAAAAUGGUCAAUCUUGAUAUCUGCCGAUAUCUCUGUCUUGAUGAAGCUGACAGGAUGAUUGACAUGGGCUUUGAGGAAGAUGUUCGAACGAUCUUCUCUUACUUCAAGGGACAGAGACAAACUCUUCUUUUCUCAGCUACUAUGCCUAAGAAGAUUCAGAACUUUGCUCGUAGUGCCCUUGUGAAACCUGUUACAGUUAAUGUUGGUCGAGCAGGAGCAGCAAGUCUUGAUGUUAUUCAAGAAGUAGAGUACGUGAAGCAAGAAGCCAAGAUAGUUCACUUAUUGGAUACACUACAGAAAACUGCUCCUCCAGUAUUGAUAUUUGCAGAGAAAAAGCAAGAUGUUGAUGCUAUCCAUGAAUAUUUGCUAUUGAAAGGAGUUGAGGCUGUGGCAAUUCAUGGUGGCAAAGAUCAAGAAGAGAGAUCCCGUUCAGUGGAAGCUUUUCGAAAAGGUCAGAAGGACGUUCUUGUUGGCACAGAUGUAGCUUCUAAAGGGUUGGACUUUGAGAAUAUACAACAUGUUAUAAAUUAUGAUAUGCCGGAAGACAUUGAAAACUAUGUUCAUCGUAUUGGUAGAACAGGUCGUUCUGGUAAAACGGGAAUUGCUACGACUUUUCUUAAUAAAGCAUGUGAUGAGUCAGUGUUACUAGAUUUGAAGCACCUCCUUAUAGAAGCCAAACAGAAAGUUCCUCAAUUCCUUGCAACCCUACAGUCUGAGAAUGAAAAGUACUUGGAUCUUGGAGAUGAACGGGGCUGUUCAUACUGUGGUGGCCUGGGUCAUCGAAUUACAGAUUGUCCAAAACUAGAAGCCAUGCAGAACAAACAAGCUUCCAAUAUUGGUCGCCGUGAUUAUCUUGCUAACAACAGUGCUGAUUGGUAGUUCACAUGAAGAUUUACCACUGUACUUAAUAUAUAUAAAGUUGAACUAAAAUUUGUUACUGUUAUCUGUAAUUAAAGGAUGAUGUCAAUGCCCUAUGAUGUGUAUUUCUUCUCCUUUGUUUUCUCUAUAGGUAUAAGUUUAAGUGUUCUUCCUCUGUAUCAAAACUAAAAAUUUCAAAUAUCUGUAUAGUGAUUACAUGCACGUUAAAAACUGUCAGGUAGAUAACUUCUCUCCAAACUUACUUCUAUAAGAUUAUGUAACAGACUGUCUUCCUCAGGAGUAUAUAUUAGACUGUGUAAUUAAAUUCAACACAGAGCAACUAGUGCUAACUACAUCACUGAUCAUUCUCAUUUAAGCAUAGGGGAGACAAUAACCUUGAAAUACCUGUUGACCUACCAUCAAAGGACACUGUUGUCAACAUCCUUACACAACUUGUAGUAUUACAGCAAUACUUCCCACAGGCAGAACAGGUAUUAUCUCCUAGAGAAUAAUAAAGGCAGCUAGAAAGAAAUAAACUUAACAGCUUUUUCGAUCUGCAUAUACACAGAAUAAAUUAAUAAAUUAUAAAUUCAGAAUAAAUACUAUAUAUAAUAUUACAAAAAGAUAGAAAUUCCUGGCAUAUUCAUAUCCCACACUUUCUUAUUUUCCCUACUUCAGACUUGUUCUCAAAUCAACUAUUAAUUUUAACUUUAAUACCAAUAAACUUUAAGCUCGCAUUUUGGUCAAGGAGUAAGCUUUCUAUCACUCCUGAAAACACCACACAGAUGUUACAAACCUUGAAUAAAGAGUAUGCAAUACAACAGUUACAACUGACAAAAAACAAUUUUACAAAAGAAAUAUGUUACAUAAUACCUACAAACAUAAGCUCUUUAACAAUAUCAAAAUAAUUUUAUUAACACUGAUGCGAAUGCACACAAGGAAGGCCUUUUAACAAAGAUACGUUAUAAAUACCCUUUAACGAUGAGACACAGUCCAACCAUAAUUGAACGACAUACCAGAAAGCAAAAUUGAAGUUUACCAUAUAAGAAAA